GUCCAAAUGCAGCCCAUCGUGAGUGAUUCUCAUCUCCCGAUUAUCACAAUAGCUUCGGGAACAAGUGUGUCCCCGUCACAAUGGCGAAGAUCGAUGAUAGAACUUCAGUCCUGCACCAAGCCAUCUGGUAUCUGGUAACCCUGUAUUGGAUGGUAAUGAUGGCUCAUCCAUUCUUCGUGUGGUUCCUCUGGAAGUAUUGGUUGCUUCGACCGCUUAUCAUUUGGUACGCCCCCUUGACGUUCUUCGUUGCAUCCUGGUUGAUCUGCUUCGCGGUUGCCCGCGUGUAUAUCUUCAUUAGCAGAGCGACGAUCGGCGCUUCGCUUGACGGAGCAUACAUGAAGCUGCAAUUGCUCAUCGCUUACUAUUCCAUCAAACUAUUACACGGCAUAGAAGUUCAUGGAGCCGAGAACUUGCCGGAGGACGGCGGCCUCAUAAUUGCCCCCCACGCUCCCUGCUUGCCCAUCGACAUGCUCUUCUUCCUCAGCUACAGCAAUCUGAAACUGGGACGCUCCGUGGGCGGUUGCGUCGACUUUACUUGGCAUAAAAACAAUUUCAGUGGACCGACGCUCGAGCUGUACGGUUUCAGUAGCGAGCCCAAGACGUUGAUAGAUGGUUUGAAACAAAAUCGAUUGAGGAUGGUCUUGCCUGGAGGUGCCUACGAAGCCAUGUUCAGCAGAAACUACGAGCUGGAAUGGCGGGCUCGCCUCGGAUUUGCGAGAGUGGCUAAAGAGACAGGGAAACCAGUAAUCCCGUCGUUCACGACGAACCUCCAACAUUCGAUGCCUUUAUUCGACUUUCCCAUAUCAGGUUUCAUGAGGCGAUGGUACGCUGUUUCGAAACGACCCUUGAUGGUACCCAAAAUCUACCUUCCGGUGAAAAUGUGUAUGCAUUUCGGCGAGCCUCUUUAUUGCGGACGGGAUGAAGAGCCGGAGGAAUUCGCUCUGAGGUGCAAGAAAGCGGUGGAAGACCUGCGAGACAGGCUCCAGCCGCCUCAGCGUUCGCUUCUCGCUGCUCUGAUGCAAAGACUGAUAUAGCCAGGAGAUGCGCGACUGCAAGUCCGGGCCGCAGCGAUUGAUCGUGAACUCGGAAGCGAAUCUCCGCCCAGUGACGCCGGGAACGGCCCGCGGCUCUUCCACUUCGAGUCCUGCGCACUUGGUUCGUGAAGU